AAAGAGCCUAUUUUAUAAUGGGCCUUUUCUCAAGCAUAUUUCAAUUUGGGCUGCGUAAGUUUUUGUCUUUCUAGUUUUCUAUCGAUGGAAAUAAGGAAACGGAAGAACGCCGACGGCGACGGCGACGGUGGCGCGACAGUUAACAGCGGCGAUGAUCGGAUUCCGUCUAGUGCUUCUUCCAAAUCAAGUCGAGCAACUCGAUCCACGAGGCGGAUAUUCUUACUCUGCCUCGCGUUUCGCGUGGUGAACGCUUUGUUGAUCCAAACGUAUUUCAAUCCAGACGAGCAUUGGCAAUCCCUAGAAGUAGCUCAUCGCACCGUCUUCGGGUAUGGUUACUUGACAUGGGAGUGGAAGAGAGGGAUACGAAGCUAUUUGCAUCCAAUGUUAUUCGCUUUCUUGUAUAAGGUUCUUCAUCUCACGGGUCUUGAUACUCCCUACGUUAUGAGCAAAGCGCCACGUCUCAUGCAAUCCGUAUUUUCAGCUCUUGGUGAUCUCUAUUUGUACAAACUCUCUGAUGCUCUCUAUGGUAAACAUGUUGCAGCUUGGUCUCUCUUUUGUCAACUGGCGAAUUGGUUCUUGUUCUUCUGUAUGAACCGUACGUUUUCAAACUGUUUGGAGACUGUUCUCACCAUCAUGGGGCUCUACUACUGGCCUUGUAUUAGAGAUCCUUCAAAGGACCAUCCCGUGAAUCGGAAGUGGGGUUUUGUCAUAGCGGCUUUAGCAUGUGCCAUAAGACCAACAAGUGCAAUCAUAUGGUUAUACGUUGGGACGCUUGAGCUAUUUUUGACGCCUAGUAAGGUCAAAUUCAUCUUCCUAGAGGUGAUCCCAAUUGGGUCUUUGGUCCUCGGCUUCACCUGUUUGUUGGACCGUAUGAUGUACGGGUCAUGGGUCAUUGUGCCUCUUAAUUUUCUCAAGUUCAAUUUCCUUUCGUCUGGUGGAGACUACUACGGAACUCACCCAUGGCACUGGUACUUCUCCCAGGGGUUUCUCGUCAUGCUUUUCACUUUCACACCACUCUCCAUUGCUGGAAUUAUCAAGUCUAAGGAUAAGAAGCUUUCAGCUCUUGUUCUAUGGGUUUUAACGGUUUACAGUCUACUCGGCCACAAGGAAUUCAGGUUUGUGCUGCCGGUGCUACCCAUUGCUUUGAUAUUCUCUGGCUAUGCACUUGCUCAAAUGGAGACAUCUGUUUCAUCAUUAUCUUCAAUAACUACAAAGAAGCAAGUCUCUCGAAAGAAGCACAUCGUCAAGUGGUCUCCUAAACUUAUACUUUCAGUCCUAUUUUUACUUGUGACCAAUGUCCCAAUGGCACUAUACAUGAGUUUAUUCCAUCAGAGAGGGACGGAGGAUGCGAUGAACUACUUAUCGGAAGAAGCAUAUAAAGGGAGAGUAAAGAGCAUUCUGUUUCUCAUGCCAUGCCAUUCUACUCCGUACUAUUCUACUCUCCAUAGUAACAUUCCAAUGCUAUUUCUCGACUGCACGCCAAGGGGUUUUGCCUCUUUGGUUUUCUUGUCAAACAGUGAAGAGAAGGGAAAACUUGACGAGUCAGACAGAUUCAUGAUGGACCCUUUAGGUUUCGUAACAGAGUUAGCUGGAAACUGGUCAGAGCCGCCUAGUCACAUUGUGAUGUUUGCAUCAGAAGAAAGAAAACUCAGAGAUUUCAUAAUCCAACAUUCCUUUAGAGAGGUGAAAAGAUUCUUCCACGCGCAUUUCAAGGUUGAUAGAGAUCUUCAGUCCUCGGUGGUCGUCUAUGCUAACAAUAUAGAAGGCUGAUUUUAGGUUUCGUGUCGUUUUUGGUUGGUUUAGCUUCGCAGCUCUUUGAGACGCCGUGUGUUCUAUUGCUUUUUGUAUGAACGACACGAUUUUUCUUAUUUGUUUUUAUCCUUAUUGUAUUAUUAAUGUUUUUUUAUAA